AUGGCGUCUCGUAAAAGAAAAUGUAUUCUUGAUUUAUCAAAAAGACACUUGCGUCGUCUAAUUCAAACUAACAAACAAAUUGAAGGUUCUUUAGAAUUACAUGAUACAGGUAGUUGUAGUUCAGUUGACAUAAAUGAAAUAAAUAGUAACAGCAAUGAAUAUAAUUAUCCCUCCUAUUACCCUAAUGCUGAGGAUAUGGGUUUGCCCUCAGAGUUGCCAAAAUCGGUAAAUGAAGAUCAUAAUAGUUUUUUAGAAGAUGUUGCUUCCGAAGCACCUCAAGUUGAUCACAAUGAUAUUGUUAGUCAUAGUGAGGAUGAUUUAUUAGUAGAAAGUAAAAGAAAAGUUGACAAUAAUUUUCCAUCACUAAAUUUGCAGCUCAGUAACUGGGCAACAAAACACAAAAUAAAACGAGGGGCUAUUUCGGAUUUACUUAAGAUAUUACUCAAACGUGAUAGUGAAGCGAAUAUCCCUAAAGACUCUAGAACUCUUCUUAAAACACCUAGAACUACUGAUAUUAAAACUAUACCACCAGGGCAGUACUUUCACUUUAACUUAACUUUAACUUUACUUAAUGCCAUUGAGGCGGAUAUAAAAGAAUAUCAAUUUAAAGAAAUUUCCAUAAAAAUUGGUAUUGAUGGAUUACCCAUAUCAGACUCAAACACCAGUCAACUCUGGCCAAUACUUGGUUGUAUUUAUCCUACUUCGAGAGUUUUUAUUAUUGGUGUUUACCAUGGAUAUAGCAAACCUGCAGACUCUAAUGAGUUUUUGCAGGCAUUCGUAGAAGAUAUUAGUGUUUUAAUUCAAGAGGGUUUGACAUACAAUGAAGUUAAAUUUAAUAUUUCAAUUUAUUGCUUAAUAGCAGAUGCACCAGCAAAAUCCUUCAUAACUAAAGCUAAAGGUCAUACAGGUUACUUCAGCUGUACUAAGUGUGAACAGGAGGGUACCUUUAUCCAGGGACGCAUGAGUUUCCCAUUAACCAAUUCUAAAAAAAGAACAAAAGAGUCUUUUAUUAUGCAAGAAAAUGCUGAAUAUCAUUUAGCAAUGUCCAAAUCUUGGUGCGUGGUUGAAUUUUCCGAUGGCAUUCAAAUUGUACCUCAUUUAUGGAUAACUGGAGACAAAUGUUACUGGCCCACCUAUAAUGGUACUAAUGCUCAAAUAUUAUUUAACAAGGCGGUUCUUGAGUACCUAACACCCGAGAAUGACUGGCCUUUGUAUGCAAUGAAGAUUUUGGGUAUUUAUGAAUCUUACGAACAGGCUGCGCCAAAGCUGAAGAAAGCUGAACUGCAGUCAGAUAUUAAUUCUUCUGAGAAGGAUGAGUCAUCCUUAAAGAAAAGCCGUCGCGUGAGAAAGAGAAUUGUUUAUUCAAGUGAAGAAGACAGCAUACAAUCUGAAGUUGAAAUUGAAGGAAUUAAUCCCUUUCCAUCCCCGCCAAAAAAAAAAACGAAUUUAAGAAGAACCAGUAGUGAAACUCAGUUAUUUGAUCACAGUCAUUCAUCCUUCAAGAAAACUCCUUUAAAUUCCUGGACUUUUACUCCAAGCGAGACUCAUUCAAGAUCACCUUUACGAACAAUAAGUAAUAAAAGUUUUAAUACAUCAGAAAUAUAUCUACUUGAAGAAAAUGCCCAGGAGAAUAAGAUAACAGAAUAUAAUGAUGAGAACCACUCACAAAUAAUAAUUUAUAAUACCUCCACCCCAAAAUGUAAACAAGAAAAAUGUUCCUGUUGUAACUUAUGUAAAGUAUCCAGGAAUAAAACCGCAACUGACAUCACCGAAAUAAAAAAUCAAUUAAAAUUAGUGUUACAAAUAUUAAGAGAGAGUCGCCCAGACAUCCAAGAAAAUCCAGACACUGAUGACAAUACCUUUAAAGAGAAGCUACCUAUGAAAACAUCAGCUGAUGUUGAUUUCUGGGAACAAUUAUUAAAUUCUGUUGAUGAGCGAAAAAAAAUGGUGAAGUAUCUGGCUAAAAUAGGUGGUCAUGAUAUCAAUACUAUUGUAAAACAUAUUUUAAAAGCUCUCUUUACUGAUUCUGUUGCAUCAAGGAAGAAAAUUCAAGUUGCGAAGGCUAUAUAAUGUGUGUGGAUGCGUGCGUGUGUGGGUGCGGGUACUACGUUCAAUCACCAGCUUAUAUGUUACUUAAUGUUUAUAGUAUAGUUUACUUUUUUUAUAAAUAUAUUUAGCCUGCUUAAA